AUGGAAAAAGAAAGUGUCGAUUACAAUCCCUCUAAUAAAGUAGUUACUCUUGGACAUUUGUUUGCUAAAGAUCUUCCCAAUGCAUUAAUCUUGCCUGAGUAUCCCUCAACUUUCAACCAAACGGCGAAAUUUCUUAACGAUGAGAAAUAUUUGGUUCACGACUAUCCGCCGUUUCUCAACAUUGAAGUUCAGUAUUUGAAGCCAAUUCAGCUCUGCCCCAUCGCAGGAAAUGAGCUGCCCAUUCUUUUGCGAAACAARCCUGGGGAAUUGCUCAAGCAACACUGGAAAAAAUGGCUUCCAUUCCUCCCAGAGGCCAACAUGUGCGAUUUAACCCUGGAAGGUACUGGAGAAAGCAAGUGCUUUACCCAAUUCCCACUUCAAUGUCUGCCGAGAGAAAAACACGCUGUUGAUCCAAAUGUACAUCACAGGAUCCUGUCCAAAAACACAAUCCCAGCAAUGGGUGCAAACUGCCCUCGACACAUGACCCUCGAUGACUACACCGUACCGUGUAUGAUCAAAG